AAGGCAAACCCCGACAUUAUCAGAGAGAAGCCGGCAAAGCAAUGGUCUUUCCCUGCGUGAAUUGUGAAUGUUGUGUAUGAUGCAUAACUAAUGGGCGACCAAGAUAGCGUGGAGUUUAGACCUGGGGAUGAUUUCGAGAAGCCCAGCCGUUUCUCCUUAACUCAUCAACUUGGCACGAACCAAUGCAGAUAGCUAAGGUUUGGCUUUCUGCUGUGGGAGACGCUCCGUGUCCAUCAUUGCGCUUCUAAGUGCGGUUGCAGAUAGUGUCCUUCUGUUGCAGCCCACUGGUGACAUGCAGUCUCUUAUAUCUCCGGUGACCAAAGCUAUAUUAGUAGCCUUGUUUAUUUUCGCAAUUCUUCUCAUCCUCUAUGUGAUUUUAUGGUAUAUAUGUCGAGACGUGGAUUGUGAUCACGGAAUCUGAAUGGGAGAAUUGGACGCCGAUUAGACAACACAAACUGAAAAGCCUGAUAGUAUUUCUGGCGAAGUCAGGGUGACCCCUGUUUUUCCCAAACAAAAUGGAAGGGUUGCCAUAGUGACGGGGGGUGCCAAAGGAAUGGGAUAUGAGACGGCGAGAUGUCUGACGAGCCUCGGAAUGCAUGUCGUAAUAGCUGGGAACUCAGAAGAAGAGGGUCUGGCAGCUGUGAAGAAAAUCCAAGAGGAGGAUGGUGAGAGGAAAGUGGAGUUCCAGCACCUCAACCUGGCAUCUCUGAAAUCUGUCCGCCAGUUUGUCCAGGUUUUUGAGAACCGAUCACUUCCAUUGCACGUCCUGGUCAACAAUGCAGGCGUUAUGCUGGUUCCCGAGAGAGAGACCGAAGACGGAUUUGAGCUUCACUUUGGCCUCAACUACUUGGGCCACUUCCUGCUGACUAACCUCCUUCUGGACACCCUGAAGCAGUCGGGAAGGCAGGACUCCUUCGCCCGAAUCGUAACAGUCUCCUCGGCUACGCACUAUGUGGCAGAUCUUGACCUCGAGGAUCUCCAGAACAGGUCCUGCUACUGUGCCCAUGGCGCUUAUUCUCAGAGCAAGCUGGCACUGGUCCUGUUCACAUACCACCUGCAGGAGGCGCUCACUUCCCAGGGCUUCCCGGUAACAGCCAACGCUGUGGACCCAGGCAUGGUGGACACUGACCUCUACCAGAACUUGUGCAGUCCCGCUCAGCUGCUCAAAAGGCCUGUGGCCAGACUCUUCUUCAGGACCCCAGCCGAGGGAGCCUCCACGGCCAUGUACGCCGCUGUCACCCCCGAGAUGGAGGGGGUGGGCGGCUGCUACUUGUACAAUGGACAAAGGACACAGUCAUCGGAUGCCUCCUAUGAUGUGGACCUGCAGGUCCAGUUGUGGAGGCUGAGUCGUGCUCUCGUGGGCUUCCCAGACGAAGGGAAGAGAGAAAAUUGAACAACCCCCCCCCCCCACCCCCAGCCUUGCUGUAUCCCCUCGGAGAGAGCCUACUUUUUAACCAGCAACACAAAAGAGGAGCCCCUGCCCAUUUUCCCCUCCAAACCUUUCAACUGGGAAAAAAAUAACAAGCUAGUCGGGGAACUCUUUAGCGGUCUGAAUUCUGCCAAAUCUGCCAUAUUGAAACAUCCGCACGCAUUCACCCACUCCAGUCAUGGUGCAAUUAGUGUGCAAGAGAUCUACAGGUAGACAUGUAACACUGGUACUUUGGACCCUCAUUUAAUCCACAUUUACUUUAUCGCCCCCCCCAUAACCAUUUCAAUUCCCUCAACUGGUGAAACUUAAAGAACAAACCCAUGUAACAGAUGGUUGUAUUUACUGAUUUGUAAUCCCAGUCCUUCACUUGUGCACUGCGAUAAAGUGCUCAAGGCUGCCACCAGACCUAAGAGUCUCCUUUGUCCGUUGGCAAUCAACGUAUGUUGACUGUCCCCUCUGCCUGAAACCCUUCGCAUUCAUAGUUACUGUAAUGCACAGCUGUGGUUUGCGUGUUCAUGUGCUCUGUGGCGACACUACUUAUGUUCUAUCCGUGUAAGGUCUUGCUUGUACUCCAGCACGCUUUGUCCGCAUCAGCUGCCUCUGAGAUGCAUUUUACGCAAGUCAUCUGGUGACAUCAGUGAAUUGCUUCAACCCGUUUUUACUGUGGCGAGGAAUAAAGCUAACAAUAAUUAGCGGAUGCUAACUUAUGGGGCUGCCUCGCAAGUCCUGCUUUGUCCUUGAAUCAGGUGCAAGAGUUCCAAUAACAUGGAGAAAUAUAUAUCUUGUGUAUUAUUUGUGUCGCGCUUGGCAAAAAUGUUCCCGCGGACGCUAAGCCUGUUUGUUGUUUUGAUGUCUGAGUUUUCAUUGUGGAUGUUACCUUUUGUUUGAUGUGUAUCCAGAUCAAUCUUUGUGAAUAUGUCCCGGCAAGAUGCAAAGUCAGGUUCUCUGCCAGUACCACUGCACCUAUGUGUUCAGUAAGAGGGUCAGAAGACAAGACGGCACUUCAGCAUCAGCUUUCUGUUCUGUGUUUCAGUGUUUUUGGUUGAUUAUGAUGCACUUUGAUCAUGGCACAUUCCUUACGUGAUUCAAGUCCAGAAAUUGAUUAAAGAUCCUUAUUUCCCAGUGCUAGAAAUCAAAAUAAAGACUUUACUAUGGACCGUCUGUGUGUUUUGGUCCAAGCAGAAGCAGCCAAUGUGACCCAAAACAAGGCUUUUAGGAAAUGGCCAUUUAAUUAGCACGAACAUGAAGGACAUGCAAAACAUUGACUGUGAGACGUAAAACCAUGGCCACUGUGAGCUACCUUGCAUAUCUCAGCACAGUCCUAUCACACUCAAUGCAAUUCAAAGCAGAUAUUUGACUGACAUGUCAUUAGAUACUGCUGUAGUGUAUACUGCUCAAAUAUGCCUGGGAAAGUGUGCUGGCCGUUAGGAGAGUGUUCUGUCCUCCGAUACAGAUGAAAUAACCUGCAAUAAAGCUGAAGUGAUUUG